GCAACGCGUUGGCCGACAUGAAUUGUCGUGAACUCGCCGCUCGAUCUCUGCAAGGAUGCGGCGCGUCGUGAUCUGAGCACUCCAAUCAAUUCAGUCGGUACUCGGCAACAUCGUGAGAUGAUCCGCGGCAUCGAUCCCACCGCGCAGACUGUGUUGGGAACUCUGCUAACUUGGGGUCUGACUGCCGCCGGUGCGGCUUGUGUCUUCAUUUUAAAUUCUAGUCAGAGGAAGGUUCUCGAUGGGAGUCUCGGCUUCGCGGCUGGGGUCAUGCUGGCUGCAUCUUAUUGGUCUCUCUUGAAACCCAGUCUGGAAAUCGCCACGGGAUCCCAUGGCGAGCAAUGGUGUUUCAUCCCAACAUCUAUAGGCAUUGUGGCGGGCGCUUUCUUUGUAUAUAUCGUCGAUGUAGUGAUACCGGAAAAUAACACUGUUAGAAUCUUGAUGGAGACUAAUCCGAAGAAGGACGAUGAUCAUACCCGAAGGAUGCAGGAUGCAUCUCUUCAGUGGAAGAGGAUGCUCAUGUUGAUCAUCGCCAUCACCAUGCACAAUAUUCCCGAGGGAAUGGCGGUCGGCGUGGGUUUCGGAGCCGCGAACUCGACUGACGCAGCAACUUUCGCCUCGGCCAGGAACCUCGCUAUAGGUAUCGGCAUGCAGAACUUUCCGGAAGGACUCGCCGUCAGUUUACCGCUCCGUGCCGCCGGCUUCUCGAAAAAGAUGUCUUUCUGGUACGGGCAGCUGAGUGGAGCCGUGGAGCCUAUUUUCGGAGUUAUUGGAUGCCUGCUGGUGACCUAUGCCCAAGUAAUCCUCUCAUAUGCAUUGGCUUUCGCCGCUGGAGCUAUGAUCUACGUCGUGGUGGAUGAUAUCAUCCCCGAAAGUCAACAAUGUGGUAAUGGAAGAAUCGCAUCCUGGUCGACCAUCGUCGGUUUCAUCGUCAUGAUGACUCUGGAUGUAACGCUCGGCUGAUCUCUGAGGGCCGGUGGUUCUUUUCGUAUCCGAUUGCUAUUGCGAAUCCCUAUUCGCGCGGAGAAAAAAUCUCCUUCGGAAAACUUGACAGUCUCGUCGGCUUGGAACAUCAGCGGCGUGGUUCCGCAACACUCCCGUCUCAUUGGUUGCCUUUGUACUAAGAGAAUAAGGGACUCAAGUCAAGGGGCUGAGACAAUCUGGAUAUCGAACAGCUGAGAAGCAGGGUUCCCAUUCAGAUGGAGAAUCAAGGGGGCCCGUGGGGGCGAGCAGCUAGAAGACAACCAACAGAUGACUCGACGCUCAGUCGCAAGAUUAUAAGAAACUCGAUACGAUGCUAGUCACCGGGAAACUGGUUGUGGUAUUUUUGGAUACACGAGAAAUAUCCUCGCACCUACAGAUCCUUAAGCCCUUGUUUUGUGCUAAGCCUGAACUCCAGAUUCCAUGGGGUUCAUCAGCGUAAAUCAAGUACAGGUUACGUCGCGUUCCCAUCACGUCAUUAAAUUACAUUCUGUUGUUAUAUCAUGUUCGGUGAUCAUCCCUUCCCUUGUCCCCGAAUAAAAAGACGUGGAGAAACAGG